CCCAGCUGGGCCCUCAUUCCUGUCUCAGAUGGAGCCUGACUCCUCUCUGUGCCACAUGCACGCAUGUUGGCUCUUGGGCCACAGAGGAUCUGGUGAGGAUGAAGAAAUGGGGUAGCUCAGACUCUGGGGAGUCGGAGGACCCACCCCAGGAGGCUACCUUGCCAAACCCUAACUCCAAGUCACCUGCAGUCAAGCUGCCCAUCCUCAAGGUCAAGUGUCGGCCCCGGCUCUUUGGGAAGGGUGACUCCGAGGAGGCUUCCCACAUGGACAGCUCUUACGAGGAAGGCCAGGGUGCCUUCUGCCCAGCCAUCACCGUCAGCUCUGCUGUCCUCCUCCCGGGGCCUGGGGAUGGCCCCGCCUGUGUCAGGCAGCUCUCUCAGGACCCUGCCCCCGCGGGCCCCGAGAAGGCUCUCUACGAUCGCAGGAGGAUCUUUGAAGCGGUCGCUCAGAAUAACUGUGAGGAGCUGGAGAGCCUGCUGCUCUUCCUGCAGAAGAGCGAGAAGCACCUCAUGGACAGCGAGUUCAAAGACCCGGAGACAGGGAAGACGUGCUUGUUAAAAGCCAUGCUCAACCUCCAUGAUGGGCACAAUGACACCAUCCCCCUGCUGCUGGAGAUAGCGCGGCAGACCAACAGCCUGAAGGAGCUGGUCAACGCCAGCUACACGGACAGCUACUACAAGGGCCAGACAGCGCUCCACAUUGCCAUCGAGAGGCGGAACAUGGCGCUAGUGACCCUGCUGGUGGAGAAUGGGGCAGAUGUCCAGGCAGCGGCCAACGGGGACUUCUUUAAGAAAACCAAAGGACGGCCUGGCUUCUACUUUGGUGAGCUGCCACUCUCCCUGGCUGCAUGCACUAACCAGCUGGGCAUCGUGAAGUUCCUGCUGCAGAACUCCUGGCAGCCGGCCGACCUCUGCGCUCGGGACUCGGUGGGCAACACCGUGCUGCACGCCCUGGUGGAGGUGGCCGACAACACCGCCGACAACACCAAGUUUGUGACAAGCAUGUACAACGAGAUCCUCAUCCUGGGGGCCAAGCUCCACCCAACGCUGAAGCUGGAGGAGCUCGUCAACAGGAAGGGGCUGACGCCGCUGUCGCUGGCCGCCAGUACCGGGAAGAUCGGGGUAUUGGCCUAUAUUCUGCAGAGGGAGAUCCAGGAGCCCGAGUGCAGGCACCUGUCGAGGAAGUUCACGGAAUGGGCCUACGGGCCCGUGCACUCUUCACUCUACGACCUGUCCUGCAUCGACACCUGUGAGAAGAACUCGGUGCUCGAGGUGAUCGCCUACAGCAGCAGUGAGACCCCUCCUCCGUUCAAGCUGAAUAACACCAAAGACUAUUUCCGAGUCACUGGAGAGAUUCUGUCUGUGUUCGGGGGUGUCUACUUCUUCUCCCGAGGGAUUCAGUAUUUCCUGCAGAGGCGGCCUUCACUGAAGACCUUGUUUGUGGACAGCUACAGUGAGAUGCUUUUCUUCGUGCAGUCCGUGUGCAUCCUUGGGACGGUGGCGCUGUACUUCUGCCAGCGCAAGGAGUAUGUGGCCUCCAUGGUGUUCUCCCUCGCCAUGGGCUGGACCAACAUGCUCUACUACACCCGCGGCUUCCAGCAGAUGGGCAUCUACGCUGUUAUGAUUGAGAAGAUGAUCCUGAGAGACCUGUGUCGCUUCAUGUUCGUCUACCUCGUUUUCUUGUUCGGGUUUUCCACAGCAAUUGUGACGCUGAUAGAGGAUGGGAAGAAUGGCUCUGUGCAGGCUGAGCCCAUACCCAACAGGUGGCAGCGACCUGGUUCCCGGGGGACUAACAGCUCUUACAACAACCUGUACUCCACGUGUCUGGAGCUGUUCAAGUUCACCAUCGGUAUGGGCGACCUGGAGUUCACGGAGAACUACGAAUUCAAGCCUGUCUUCAUCAUGCUGCUGCUGUCCUAUGUGAUCCUCACCUACAUCCUGCUGCUCAACAUGCUUAUCGCCCUCAUGGGCGAGACUGUCAACAAGAUCUCGCAGGAGAGCAAGAAUAUCUGGAAGCUGCAGAGAGCCAUCACCAUCCUGGACACAGAGAAGAGCUUCCUGAAAUGUAUGAGGAAAGCCUUCCGCUCGGGCAAGCUCCUGCAGGUGGGGUACACACCUGAUGGCAAGGAUGACUACAGGUGGUGUUUCAGGGUGGAUGAAGUGAACUGGACCACAUGGAACACCAAUGUGGGCAUUAUCAAUGAAGACCCCGGCAACUGUAAAGGCAUCAAGCGCACCCUGAGCUUCUCCCUGCGGCCUCACAGAGUUUCAGGGAGAAAUUGGAAGAACUUUGCCUUGGUCCCCCUCUUGAGAGAUGCAAGUACUCGAGAAAGGCCUGCCGUCCAGCCGGAGGAGGUUCACCUGAGGCACUUCGCUGGGUCCCUCAAGCCAGAAGAUGCUGAGGUCUCCAGGGAUUCUGUUGUUUUCAGGCAGAAGUGAGGAGCGCCACACAGGGUGCUCUCAAGGCUGGGCCUUAGGAUGGCCACUGUUGCUGGGGGGCUUGUCCGGGAACUUCAGCGUUCUGGUGUCGGCCUGAGCCAGUCUGCACCUGCCCAGGCUCUGAGGGUGGAGGAGCGAGGCUGAGGCUUUAUAGUCCUCUCUCUUUGGAAAGUGGUAUAGCUGUGCCUCCAAUCUCCCAACAGGAAAUGAGUUUGUCUUCAAGUUUCUACUGACUUUAUUAAACAGGGUGGAUGACCCAUCUCUACUUUGACAUGUUUUCUUUGGCUUUAGAUCGCUGGGAGUAAAAGCAAACAAAACCCAGGAAGACACUUUUAAAGCCAAAUGCUUCCUUUGAUGUAAAACCAGAAAGUUCCUCUCUCUGUAUUGCACUUAAUAAAAUCACUGGCCAGAGU